AUGCCUCCAAAUGCUGUCCUCUUGGUCGAAGCGAGCCUUGCCGGUCGGCGUCAUCCAGAUCCGCGCGUGCGUGCUCACUUUGGCGACGGCAGCAACACAAGCAUGACCCGCUACUUUAACAAGUACGGGCUAUACGAUUAUUCGGUGGGGCUUAUAACCAGCGUAACACCGGAGGACAACGGGCUGGUGUACACAAAGAUCAACUUGCUGUUCAACCUGAAACCCGCUGAGAUCGAGAUGUAUCGGGAUACACACGUACACAAAUGCGGGUAUACAAGUCGCAACUUCGGUAUUCGAGGCGUCGAGCUGGGGAGCGAGCUAAUCGACGGACACGGCUUUCCUGAGGGCGAAGUCGACUUAUAA